CUCCCUCGCUCCUCGAUGCCUCGAUCCUCACUGAUCUACAUAAAGAAUGAUGGGGGGAGAAACAAUGGGAUAGUCUAUCCAGUGUUAGUUAUAGAUGAGUGGGAACGCCCCUCGAGGAUCGAGCAUCGAGGAUCGAGGAGGCAUGAUGAGAGGCACCCCUGGACCAAUAGGACUCUUAAUGUGACGGCGUGCCUAACUACCUGCCUGGCACCAUUAACGUUAGUUGCCAACCGCCAUAAAAACCGAAAGAAGAAGAAGAAGAAGAACUACCUGCCUGUACCUGUACCUGCCAGAACAUCAGCAUUUGACAAAGAAGUUUCGUGUCAGUCAUGGCCGGUGCCUCGCGCAGUGACGUUGCGCAGCUCACUCAUCGCCGCGUUCAGGAGGAGGAGGGGAUGGAGAUUCUGGGCCAAGUGCUCGAUGAACUCACGCCGGAGACGUUCCAGCAGGGAAUGAAGAAGCUGAGAGAGAUCAACAUCCGCUCCGAGGGCCAUCUUAGGGCCGUGGUGGAGAUGGUGACGGAGCGAGCCAUCGCUGAGCCAAAGUUGAGUGAGGUCUAUGCCAACCUGUGCCGCUGCAUGCUGGGGUUGAAAGUCCCCACGGCAGGGAAACCAGGUGUAACAGUGAAUUUCCGGAAGCUUCUGCUAAACUGCUGCAAGACGGAGUUUGAGAGGCCCCUGGUUGUGGAGCAGGACCAACAAAAGCAUCUGGAGGAGGGACUUGAAAAAACUCAAGAGGAGGUUCAACAGCGGUCCCUGGGCAUUGUCAAGUUAAUCGGUGAGCUGUUCAAACUGAAUGUGGUGUCAGAGGGCAUCAUUCAUGACUGCAUCGCCAAGCUGCUGAAGAAGAGCAAAUCUUUGGUGACUGACCACUUCAAUCCUCUCUGGUCCCUCUGUGUGCUGCUCUGUACCACCGGCAAGACCCUGGACAUGGGGAAGGCAAAGCCUCGCAUGGAUCAGUAUUUCAACCAGAUGAAGAAAGUGAUAAAGGAAAGAAAAACCUCCAACAGGAUCUGUCUCAUGUUGCAGGAUGUGGUUGAUUUGAGAGAGUCAAACUGGAUUCCCAGACACAGUGAUCCCGGGCCACAAACCAUCAGACAGAUCUGUAUGCAGGCGAUUGAAGGGAACUUGGAUAAGCCCUUUCCAUUCGAAAAGGGUGUGGGAGGCAAAAAAGAGCUCCUUCCUAGCUGCCAGGCAACACAACAUCCUGAAACACAGGAUUCAAUGACUGUGUUGGAAGAAGAGGAUAACUGUGCAGGCCCAGAAACCAAAUCCAGUGACUCUGUGGAGAAAGGGUCAGCCCGCACUCAGAAGCAGAAGUUUACCGCCUUCUUUGGUGGUGGCAAGAAUGAGGAUGCGGAACUCUUUGGCCGUGUGUACUGCAUCCUUGAUGAGCUCACACCCCAGACAUUUGAGCCACUCAUGAGACAGGUGUCGAGGAUGCCAAUCAACUCAGAGGUCCGUCUCAAAGGUGUGAUUGAUCUGGUGUAUGAGAGGGCUCUGUCGGUACCCAAGCUCAGUGCCAUCUAUGCCCAAAUGUGCCGCUGCUUUGCAGGGCUUAAAGUGCCUAAGGAAGAUAACUGGAGAGUGAGUGUAAAUUUCCGGAAACUUCUGUUAAACCGCUGUCAGAGGGAGUUUGAGGACAAUAAGACAGAGAAGCAGAAUGAGAUGGGCACUGAUUAUGAGGAGAAGGAACAAGAUGAGGCAGGGGCCACAGGCCUACGGCGGUCAUUAGGCAACAUCAAGUUCAUUGGCGAGCUUUUUAAGACUAAAAUGCUGAAUGAACCAAUCAUUCAUGACUGCAUCGUCGAGCUAUUCAAUACCUCUCAAGAGGAGUGUCUAUGUGUACUGCUCUUAACUGUUGGCAAGGAAAUAGACUUUGAGAUAGCCAAGCCUCGUAUGGAUCAGUAUUUCGACCAGAUGAAGAAGAUCCUCAAAGAGAAGAACAUGUCUGUUAAUACUCAGAGCAUGCUGCAGGCUGUAGUGGACCUGAGAGAGAGGCAUUGGGUUCCACAGCCUACCGAUCUCAGCCUGGACAGCAUUAUCGAUCAGAUCUGUCAGGAGAAGGAAACGACAAGAGAACUACAAGAAAACACAGAGGAACUAAAGAAAAACACAAAAGAACUACCCACGAGCACAGAGGCCAACACAGAAGAGCUACAAGAGAAUCCAGAGGAACUACUCAAGAACACAGAGGGACAUGGUUAAGAUGACUUUCCCAUCUGACCAGAGCCUAACAAGGACUCUGCUUCACUGAAACAAAUAAGCCAUUAGAUGUACUUGUGAUGUAUACUUUUGAUGUAUCAAUUGCACAUAAGUGAAAUGUCUAAAAUGAAUGCAGCAUUUAGUUUACAAAAUUGAUUCAUGCUGUGAUGAACCAAUUCGAGCAACUAAUUCCAAUUAAUAUCGUUUACAUGAAAUACAUGUACAUGUAAUAUCAACAUGCUAAACAGUCAUUUACUGAGUGUCAUUCAGAUGUUGCACUUAAUAGCAGCAAUGUUAAUGGAAGAUAUUUUUGAGACCAACGACUGUGAGAUGUAACAUUCAGAAUAAGUUGUGCUGCAGCAUUCACUGUGUUUAGAAAUGUGACAUGGAACCAGUGAUAUCGGCAUUCUCACUGCAUUCUCACUGCCAGCAGGGGGAGCACUAGCUCCAAAUGCAAACACACUUUAUGCAUGUCAACAGGAAGCAUGCCAGUAUAAACUCGUUUCACUAACGCCAAUCCAGGAUGAAUAGGAGUGACUAUGUCAAGCCAGGUGUAAGUUAUUCAGGAUACGUGUACAGGUUUAACAUUGUAAAACAACUUUGAAAAUAUAAAAGUAUUUAACUCAACAAUAUAAGAUUCUAAAAUUCCAUUUGAUUUUAAAUAGGGUCCCAUAUUGUUUAGAAUGCUUAUUCUGAAAUAUCUAAUUGCUGUUUUGUCAGUAUCUCCUGAGCAUAAUGCAUAAAAACAACCCUCACUUUUACUAUGGUG